CUUGACUCGCUUAUGAUGACAAGCUGUCCCCACGCAGCCAUUUGACGUCACUUUGCAGCGAUUACAAAACAACCAGCUUUGCACGAGAUAAGGCCAUCAUUCGACGUUAUCAGAUCAUCGGAAAUAAUUAUCAGACAAGAACAGACUGUGUACCAUGGCUCUCAGAGGUGCUGUGACUCGUUUGCUCUCCAACGCUAGGAAACGUGCUGCAGUCUCAGCCUCCCGGGCACAGGGCACAGCAGCAGCUUCACCAGCCCAAAACGAAGCCGAAGUGGUCACCAAGAAGUCAGUAAAAGCACCCAAGGUGCAGUUUAACUGGCGUGACGCCCUGGAGCUGGACGGCCUGCUGACAGAGGAGGAGGUGAUGAUCAGAGACUCUUUCAGGACCUACUGCCAGGAGAAACUAAUGCCACGCAUCAUCAUGGCCAACAGACACGAACAUUUCCACCGUGAGAUUGUCUCAGAGAUGGGAGAGCUGGGUGUCUUGGGGCCAACCAUCCAAGGUUAUGGUUGUGCCGGAACCAGCUACGUGGCCUACGGGCUCAUUGCCAGGGAGGUGGAGAGGGUGGACAGUGGCUACCGGUCAGUCAUGAGUGUCCAGUCCUCACUGGUCAUGCACCCCAUCAACGCCUACGGCACAGAGGAUCAGAAGGAGAAGUGGCUACCCAGGCUAGCUCGUGGGGAGAUCUUGGGCUGUUUCGGCCUGACUGAGCCCAACCACGGCAGUGACCCCGCGGGCAUGGAGACCAAGGCCAAAUACAACCCCUCCAGUAGCACCUUCACCAUCAGCGGAGCCAAGACAUGGUAA